GACCUCCUCCUCCUAAGCCUUUUUCUUAUUUGGCUCUCCUAUUGUCAUUUGUCAGACCUCCUCUUACCACCCUCAAGACGUUCUCUCUUUCAUCCAAACCCAAAGCACAAACACAACCAAGCGGCAUGAAGAUGGCAAGGCCAAGUCGAACGCUAUCAGCUAGCCCGAGCCCCAGUGGCCCUCCCCCGUCCGAGCACGCUCAUGGGGCAGGCCACAGCCGAGUGUUGUACCCUCUUCUCUUGGCCCUCAACAUACUCCUCAUCUUUCUCUUCUACUUUGGCAUCUGGCAUUUCUUCUGCAAGAAGGACCAGCGAGUAGGUGACACCAACGCUGCCACCACCUCUUCCUCCACUCCCAGUUCUCCCGGUCCCCAUGCAAGAAACGGCCGGAGGCUGGAUUCCCGAGUCCUCUCGUCGUUGCCGAUCUUCGUCUACACCAUCGGCGGCGAGGAGAAGAUGGAGUGCGCUGUGUGUUUGAUGGAGUUCAAGGAGGGCGAGAAUGGCCGGCUGCUGCCGAGGUGCAACCAUCGCUUUCAUACGGAGUGCGUUGACAUGUGGUUUCAGAGUCACACCAGCUGCCCUCUUUGCCGGGCUUCUGUCGAGUCCAGUGCUCCGGAUUCUGGCGCGGCGGUGUGAAUCGUGUUAUCUACGUCGCCGGCGAGAAAUUGUACGUUUGACUUGAGCUCUUUCCGGUCCAGCUGGAAUUGUUCUGUAGAUUUCUUUAUCUUUUUUUUAUUUUCCCCAUUUUGUACACGAACUGACGGCUGUAAA